CAUGAACCGCUCCCUGCUCCGGGCUAAGCCAGCCUGGGCGAGCUGCAGGCAUCACGUUGGAGACCUAGGACAGGGGUUGACUCUGGGACACUGCGUGCCCCCAAAACACGGUACAACGUCUGCGCUGCCCCCGCCAAGCCCUGAGGAGAAGGAGGGGAUAUUGUGAUGGUAACUCUCCUGAGAAUGGUGUUCCCAAUCCUCUCUCUGGUGCUGAGUGCCGUGGCCUUCUUCACCGGGCUGCCAUUGAAUGGGUACGUCGUCUUUGUCACCAGCUGCCGUACAGGGAGGACGGCCAGCGCCGUGUGGUUCCUGAACCGGGCCAUGGCCGAUUUCCUCUUUAUCGUCUUCCUGCCAAUCAGAUUCAUCUUCAUCCUGAACUUAGACCAGGCCAAGAUACUGAACAACACCGUUAUCUCACUCCACAUGUUCUCCAGUGCCUUCCUCCUCACGGCCCUCAGUGUCGAUCGCUGCAUCCUCGUGGCAUGCCCUGAGUGGACCCGGAACCACCGCACACCCCUCCUGGCUUUCAUGAUUGUUAUAAGCCUGUGGGCCAUGUCUGUUGGGUUCAGCUUGCGGUAUGGUGAUCUCUGGGAAUCCCUGCUCUCACCGGCCAGUAUACGCAUGAAUGUCCCACUGGAUGAAGGGAGGGUGAAGGCUGCCUUUGUGAUCCAGUUCCUAGUCGGGUUUCUGAUCCCAUUAGCCUUGAUCUUAAUCCCAACCUUCUACAUCGUUCUAGCUGCCAAGCUGAGAAGGAACAGGCUGAUCCAGUCCACCAAGCCACUCAAGAUCCUUCUUGGCUUGAUCCCGACCUUUUUCGUCUGCUGGCUGCCGUAUCACGUCUUCUCCUUCCUGCUGAUCUCACCUAAGUACCCCCUGCCUUUUCUUGUCACAGAAAGCAAUUUUGCUUGUAUCCUGUCAUAUUUCAACAGUUGCCUCAACCCCAUCUUCUACCUCACCAUGGAGGAAGAGUUUCUGAGGUACCAGCAUCGUGCACGCAACCCCCAAACCACCGACAACUCAGGGCCGGAGCUGGCUGAAUAGGGGAACGGAUGGAAUUGUUGAUAUUUCUAUGGAAAAAGAAUUCUGUUCAUUGGGACACGUAACUUCCUCUUGAUCCCAAAAUUGUCUUUUUUAGCAAGUGAAUUUUUUGGCCUUAUUCAUAGAAAAGCCACAAGAAUGAUUUCUGGAUUAGAAAACCUGCCUCACAAUGAGAGACUCAAGGAGCGCAGUCUAUUUAGCUUAACAAAGAGACAGUGAAGGGGUGACUUGAUCACAGUCUGUAAGUACCUACAUGGGGAACAAAUAUUUAAUAACGGGCUCCUUAAUCUAGCAGAGGAAGGUCUAACAUGAUCCAGUGAACAGAAGUUGAACCUAGACAAAUUCAGACUGGAAAGGAGGUGUAAAUUUGUAAUGGUCAGAGUAACUGACCCUGGGUUUAGCAGGCCAAUGCUCAAACCGCUGAGCUAUCCUUCCCACCAAUACGUCCUUUUCUAUGUCUUCAUGUCCUUGUUUUUCUCAUCAUGUCAUUUUUGCUGCCAGUGGGGCUCCAGCUCUUCUUCUUCCCUGUGUUUGUUGAAGAUCAAUGGAUCUAUGAAAGAAAGGGUAAUAUUUUCAAAAGGGUCUAAGUUCUAUUUUUUAGUGUUUAGGCCCUUGGAACCUUGCUGAGAGUCAAUGAGACAUAAAAUAAGAAUGGCCAUAUUGUGUAAGAGCAAAGGUCCAUCCAGCCCAGUAUCCUGUUUUUUGACAGUGGCCAAUGCCAGGUGCCCCAGAGGGAAUGAACAGAACAGGGAAUCAUCAAGUGAUCCAUCCCCUGUCGCCCAUUCCUAGCUUCUGGUAAACAGAGCCUAGGGACACCAUCACUGCCCAUCCUGGCUAGUAGCCAUUGAUGGACCUAUCCUCCAUGAAAUUAUUUAGUUCUUUUUUUAACCCUGUUAUAGUCUUGGCCUUCACAAUAUACUCUGGCAAAAAGUUCCACAAGUUGACUGUGUGUUGUGUGAAGACAUACUUCCUUUUGUUUGUUUUAAACCUGGUGACUAUUAAUUUCAUUUGGUGACCCCUAGUCCUUGUGUUAUGAGAAGGAGUAAAUAACACUUCCUUAUUUACUCUCUGCACACCCGUCAGGAUUUUAUAGGCCUCUUAGUCGUCUCUUUUCCAAGUUAAAAAGUCCCAGUCUUAUUAAUCUAUCCUCAUAUGGAAUCCGUUCCAUACCCCUCAUCAUUUCUGUUGCCCUUUUCUUUACCUUUUCCAAUGCCAAUAUAUCUUUUUUUAGAUGGAUUUAUAUAGAGGUAAUAUGAUAUUUUCAAUCUUCUUAUCUGUCCCUUUCUUAAUGAUUUCCAACAUUCUGUUCGCUUUUUUGACGGCCGCUGCACAUUGAGUGGAUGUUUUCAGAGAACUGUCCACAAUCACUCCAAGAUCUCUGUUUUGAGUGGUAACAGCUAAUUUAGACCCCAUCGGUGUAUAUGUAUAGUUGGGAUGAUGGUUUCCAAUGUGCCUUACUUUGCAUUUAUUAACAUUGAAUUUCAUCUGCCAUUUUGUUGCCUAGUCACCCAGAUUUGUGAGGUCCCUUUGUAACUCUUCGCAGUCAGCUUUGGACUUAACUAUAUUGAGUAGUUUUAUAUAAUCUGCAAAUUUCGUCCCUGCCCACUGUUACCCCCUUUUCCAGAUUGUUUAUGAGUCAGACUCUUCCCAAACCAAUCACGUUCAUCUAUGAGUCUGACUAAUUUGUUCUUUACUAUAGUUUCAACCAGUUUGCCGGGUACGGAAGUCUGGCUUACCGGCCUGUAACUCCCAGGACCACCUGUUGAGCCUUUUUAAAAAACUGGUGUCACAUUAGCUGUCCUCUAGUCAUUUGGUACAGAAGCUGAUUUAUAUACCACAGUUAGCAGUUCUACAAUUUCACAUUUGAGUUCCUUCAGAACUCUUGGGUGAAUCCCAUCUGGUCCUGGUGACUUAUUACUGUUUAGUUUAUUAAUUUGUCCCCAAACCUCCUCUAAUGACACCCCAAUCUGGGACAGUUCCUGGGACAGUUCCUUUUACCUAAAAUGAUUGGCUCAGCUCUGGGAAUCUCCCUCACAUGCUCAGCUGUGAAGACUGAUGCAAAGAAUUCAAUUGGUUUCUUCGCAAUAGCCAUAUCGUCCUUGAGUGCUCCUUUAACAUCUCAAACGUCCAGUGGCCCCUCUGUUUUUUUAGCAGGCUUCCUGGUUCUGAUUACUUAAUUAAUUUUUUGCUAUUACUUUUUCAGUCUUUGGCCUGCCACAGGGAUGUUAAAUCUAAUUAUAUUAUGGUCACUAUUACCAAGCAGUUCAGUUAUAUUCUCUCUUUGGACUAGAUUCUGUUCUCUGCUUAUCACUAACUCAAGAAUUGCCUCUCCUCUUGUGGGUUCGAGGACUGGCUUCUCCAGGAAGCUGUCAUUUAAGGUGUCAAGAAACUUUAUCUCUGCAUCCUGUCCUGAAGUGACAUGUACCCUGUCAAUAUGGAGAUAGUUGAAAUUCCCCAUUAUUAUUGAGUUUUUUAUUUUUAUAGCCUCUCUAAUUUCCCUGAACAUUUUACAGUCAGUAUCACCAUCCUGAUCAGGUGGUCGGUAGUAUAUCACCCCUGCUAUGUUCUUAUUAUUAAAGCAUCAAAUUACUAUCCAUAGAGAUUGCUUGCUACAGUUUGGUUAAUUUAAGAUUUUUACUUCAUUUGACUCUACGCUUUUUUUGCAUAUAUUCCCAAUCCCCCACCAGCACAAUCUGGUCUGUCCUUCCAAUGUAAUUUGUACCCUGGUGUUACUGUGUCCCAUUGAUUAUCCUCAUUCCACCAAGUUUCUGUGAUUCCUAUGAUGUCAAUCUCCUCUUUAAUAAAAGGCACUCUAGUUCACCCAUCUUAUUAUUUAGACUUCUAGCAUUUGUAUAUUAUCACUUUUAAAAACUGUCACUUUUUAGCUGUCUGCAAUUACUUGAUGUCAUUGAAUUCAUUUAGGCUUCUAUGGGUGAGAUUUUCAAAAGCACGUAUGUGAGUUAGGUGCUUAACUCCUAUUGACUUCAAUGAAAAUUUGGCAUCUAACUCCCUUAACCAACCUUAAAAACCUAGUCCUGUGUCUUCAUUGCCAAGCCUCAAACCUCAUGAGCCGCCUCAUAAAGCAUCAUGAGAUGAGUUUUAACAAAAAGACAUUUAGGUUCUUCUUUUUUGCCUCCUAAUUUUUUGGGGGCAAUUUCCAGCUUUUCUCUGCAACAAUGAAGGUCAGAAACUUGCUAAAAAAUAAAAAAUAAAACAGAAACAAAAGCUCAAAUUCCCACCUAAUCAUAUGAUUCCAGGAUCUGGGGCUUGGAGGAAAAUGAGAAGCACAGUGAACGCCGCAACCAAAUUGUAAGGGUUGGUGACAGUACAAAACUCUGCCAAAAUUUCAGAACACCAGAACUAUCUAGCUCUGUUUUGGAAGCCAAUGGAGUGAGGAGCUGUUUCAAAUAUUGGGGACUUUAAAAUAAAGUGUGUGUCUGUCACUGUGUACUUCAAAACGGCACCCUGGGACCACCAUAUUCGUGACUGUCAUAUAAAUAUGAACAAAGUCUGCCUUGUGAGGUAUCAUUAAAAACGUCUUGAUCUGUUGAUUAUUAAUAUCUGGUUGAAUUGUAUGUGCUGUCACUGUAUGGGGAGUUGCUAUGUGUGUGUUAGUGAAAUAAGUUGUGAUGUUGGGGAACACCCACAACCAGCCUUUCAGGUACAACAAUGGAGGAGCCAGACAGCGUUAAUGGCUCAUCAGCACCCAUCCAAGAAUCCACUAUCUCAGGAACUGUAUACAAUGGAGAUUUCUCAGAGAGAGAACGGAGACAAUGGAGACUGUUUGACCCAAGUCAUAGCGAAAUAUAUUCCCAGGGAGUUGGAAGAAACUACAAAAGAGGGGAAGUGACAUCACCACUUUGCCUCACUCCCCCCACAACUCAACACCUGGAAACACAUCUGGAGUACAUAGACUUUGACCGGGGAAGUUUGGUAUCGGGCUGGAAGACAAGCCUAGCCUGUGUAUUGAGGAUCUGUCACAUGCUUGUACCAUCUGCCAGGGUGAGACACGACUUGAUUCAAAUCCUGUCUAGUUUAUAGAACUCAGACUGUGAAUUUACUUUUAUUCUUAGGUAACCAGCUUUGAUCUCUAUGCUCACUGCUUAUAAUCACUUAAAAUCCAUC